AUGUACUUGACAAAGGUCAAGAAGCAGAAGCUCAUCCCGACUAAUCGAGCUUCGGACGCAGACUCCUUCAUUCUCGUCGAUCCCAUCGUAGCUCAUGCACCGAACGAAAAGACCAUGGCGAUGCUGUGGCUCCACGCCUACCAGCUCGGCCCACUAUGGGUGCCCCCGUUGAUCUUGCCCGGUACCAUCUCCAAUGCUUACCUCGCAAGUCUCGCACCCUCUGGUUCUUGGCAGAGACUGUUCUACCUCAUCGCGGCAGGCUGCAUAUUUGGCAUCCUCGUGCCCAUCACCUUCUUUUACAUGGAGCCCGGAAUCAAUGGUGCUUGCAAAUGGAGGGUCGAGUCUCUUUGGAAGGACGAAGGAUUCCAUCUGCCCGAGACGACGUUAUGGAAGCCUUCUGCGCACCGUCAUGGAGGUGAACAAUUUGCGAUGGAUGCUUGGUGGCUUGGCGGCGUUUCUAAGCGGAAUCGCUACGUUCUCUCGAACGUGACUGAUGUAUGUCUAGCGCCGCGGAACACUUCCACUCCCGCUGCACCCGCCUGGUACUCCCAACAUUUUUUAACUAAUGGGUCCCUCCGAUUCACAUGCUACGACAUUUCGCCAUGGCAGACCUCCGCUGCCGUCUCACCACCGCGCUCCACACCAUCGACGACAGCGAGCGACAUCAUGACCGCCACCGAGCUCUGGCAGCAUCCUUCGCCCGAGACAACCAACCUCCAUGAGUUUCUCACCAAAAUCAACAACAAGUACACUAAGUCCUUCCAGACCUACAAUGACCUCUACCAAUGGAGCAUAUCAGACAUAUCCGCUUCAUGGGCCGAGAUAUGGGACUAUGUGGGAGUUCGUACAUCCAAGCCGUACACCAGAGUAGUCUCUUCCGACUCGAUACUGUUCCCUCGUCCCUCAUGGUUUGAAGGCGCAAAGCUCAAUUUUGCAGAAAACCUGCUGUUUCCUCUUCCGGAUGUCGACGAUAACAGUCCCGCCGUGAUUGCUGCCACCGAGACCACGCGUGAGACGGUGACCUGGAAGGAACUUCGAGACCGCGUGUGGCAUUGCCAAAGCGGCAUGCGAGCUCUAGGGUUAAAGACUGGUGAUCGUGUUGGCGGUUAUGUCGCAAAUCAUACAAAUGCGUUGGUCGCAAGUCUGGCUGCGAGCUCAUUGGGAGCUGUUUGGACAGCUGUGAGUCCCGAUACAGGCGUGAGCGCCGUCCUAGAUCGGAUGGUACAGAUUGAGCCUUCAAUCCUAUUCACAGACAACGCUGUGAUGUACAAUGCGAAGGAACAUCCAGUUCUUCCCAAAGUGAAAGAUAUCGUGGCAGGCUUACCAACCUUAAAGGGAGUGGUUGUCUUCAAUACUGUCGAGAGUAUGGGAAGUGAGGUGACAGGGCUGCCUGCCGAAUUGAAGGAGAAGGUAUGGACAUACAAGGAGUUUGCUUCUCAAGAGUCGGACCUCAAGGCAUUGCACUUUGAACAACUUGAGCCCGACCACCCUGUCUACAUCCUGUAUUCGAGUGGCACCACUGGUGCCCCCAAAUGCAUUGUACAUGGAGCGAUAGGCACUCUGCUCCAGCACAAGAAAGAGCAUAUACUACAAAGCGAUAUUCGACCUGGCGACAAGCUCUUCUACUUCACGACGUGUACAUGGAUGAUGUGGCAUUGGCUUGUAUCGGGACUCGCAGCAGCCGCUACGCUCGUCCUUUACGAUGGCAGCCCAUUUCAGUAUCGAAACUCCGAGGGCCAGAGCAUUAAGGACGACCUUGCAAUGCCGAAGCUCAUAGAUGAAGUCGGUAUUACACAGUUCGGCACCAGUGCAAAGUAUCUCUCAGUCCUUGAACAGCGAAAUGUCCUCCCGCGCGAACAUGGCUUGUCGCUGAAGACUCUCAAGGCGAUAUACUCGACGGGCUCCCCUCUAGCACCGAGCACUUUUCAGUAUGUCUAUCGGGCCUUCGGCGCCGUGAACCUUGGGUCUAUCACAGGCGGAACAGAUAUCAUUUCUCUAUUUGGUGCCCCUUGUCCUUUGCAUCCUGUCUACAUCGGUGAAAUUCAGGUGCUCGGGCUCGGAAUGGCGGUUCAAGCUUGGGACUUUAGUGGCAAAGAUGUUUCGCAGACAGGUGAGCCAGGCGAUCUGGUCUGUACCAAACCCUUCCCUUGCCAGCCUGUGAUGUUCUGGCAAGGCGAAGAAGGGGAGAAGAAGUACAGAGCCAGCUAUUUCGAAGAGUUUGAAGGAGUUUGGCAUCACGGAGACUUCAUUCGUUUCAAUCCAGCAACUGGUGGUCUCAUCAUGCUGGGCCGUUCCGACGGUGUGCUGAAACCAUCUGGAGUACGCUUUGGGUCGGCCGAGCUAUACAAUAUCAUUCUGAAGCACUUCCCGAAUGAAGUCGAAGACGCACUCGCAAUUGGGCGACGACGGGAGACCGAUGACGAUGAGACUGUCGUGCUGUUCUUGAAGCUCAAAGAGCCAGGAAAUUUGGACCCAAAACUUGUUGAAAGCAUCAAGACAACUAUUCGAAAAGAACUGUCUGCAAGACACGUUCCUGGAGUUGUUGCCGAAUGUCCUGACAUACCGGUGACGACCAAUGGGAAGAAAAUUGAGAAGUCAGUCAAACAGAUACUGUGCGGGCUGAAUAUCAAGACGAGUACCAGCGUUGCGAACCCAGAGAGCCUAGAUUUUUACAAGCAAUGGGCAGAAACUCACUAGCUACACGUAAGGUAGCAGUGGUCAUUAUUGGGACAACCCAGACCAACUACCCUGCAGGCACCAGGUAUUGAUCCCAAAAGCUGCGAUUGAGAUACUUCGAGCUCAAUGCGCGUCCCUUUUCAUACGUGUCACGCUUCGAAGGACGAACGACUUCACCAGUAGUGACUGACCAUUGUGCUGGUGUCAGUUUAAAAAAAAAAUUGUAUUCAUUAAUUCACACAGGGAUAGUAAUACUAGUACAUACACGGCAUCAUCAUCAACUAUAAGUUCUUGGCAAAGGAAGUCACAUCGCGAAUGGCAUUAUUGUGAAAUUCUGGGAGCAGUUUCCGAAACACAAGGGAUGUGGCGUGAACGACUCCCAAAUUGACCUUCGCAUGUGCUUCCACUCCCGCAGCAAGAAGCUUUCGAUAAUAUGCCAUACCUUCAUCUCGAAGCGGAUCCAGUUCGUCCAUGGCCAACACAUG